AUGUUGUAUUAUGUUCGCUUCAAACCUGAUUAUUUUGAGGACUACGAGAAAAUUGGUUAUAAACACACAUUAGCAACAUUUUAUUCAAAAACUGUAUUCUGGUGGCUUAAUCCGUUGCUGUGGUUUGGCUAUAAGGAACCACUAGAAUUAGAAGAUUUAGGUGAGAUGCGCCUUGAGGAUAGUGCCAGAGCUCAUUACGAUCAAUUUUUGUUAAUUUAUAAGACAGCCAAAGUGAAAAAUAAUGACCGACCACCAUCCUUGUGGUAUUGUUACUUAAAAUAUAGUUGGCGUAUGUUUAGCUUGGGUGGAAUACUUAAACUUUUUGGUGAUUUGUUUUCGUUAAUUGGUCCACUUGCCAUACAACAAAUCGUUCAAUAUAUUGAAGUAAUGUACAAUGCACAUUACCCCACAUUACCGCAAUUAAAUAACAACAACCUCACAAUGCAUUCCAGUAAUCUCAGCAAUUACAAUUCCGCUUACAACUACAACAACAAUAAUAAAGCCGGCAACAUCAGCAACCACAUCAUCAGCAACAAUAAUAAUUUAUCAAUUACCCUGAGAGGAUUAAAAAAUUUGUACAAUGACAGCUUACGUAACAAUAGUAGCGGCAAUCACAUUUCCACAAGAGCAACAGGAUCGAUUUGGCUACCAAAUCCUGGCGACAAUGGCAACAAUCAAAUUGCAAAUGACAUUUAUUACGAUGGCGCUGAAGUGAAAAUUUACUAUCCAAGUUGGUUAGAUUUAGUGUCGAACGGGUGGGCAAUUGCAUGGAUUGUGUUGUUGGCGGCACUGGCGCAGGGUGCACUGUCGCAGGCCUCGACGCAUAUACUCAAUAUGACGGGAAUUCGUAUUAAGACAUCGCUGCAGGGUUUGAUUUAUCGUAAAACGUUGCUGCUGUUGAAUUUCAGUUACAUGGAUAACGGCCCGGAUGGUAUUCCAAAGGGCAAUAAUAAUAGUAUGGAUGAAAAUAAAUACGAAAGAGAGAAAGACGAACUUCAAAACACCGCCACAACAUCAUCAACGCAAACGUCAACGAAGGAUAAUAGUUUUGGUGGAGGCAGCAGUGGAGGUAAGGUUUGA